AUGGAGGGGAACUUGACAUACCUGCUGGGCUCUGAGGACACAUCGGUGGGUUACAUGUCCCCAACAUCUAACUCCUCUGCAGUCUAUGAAUACAACUUCUACUACCCAGCACUGGACAUCAGCUGUGAUCUUGACAACAUCCCAGCAUUUGCAUCUACCUUUUUUCCGGUGCUGUACUCCCUCCUGUUCGUGACCGGCCUCACGGGAAAUGCUUUGGUCGUUUGGGUCCUAACAGUUUUCAAGAAAGUCAGGGCCAUGACUGAUGUGUAUCUGCUGAACCUCGCCAUCUCUGACCUCCUCUUUGUUUUCUCCCUCCCCUUCUUGGUUCAGUACUCCAUCACAACUCAGUGGACUUUUGGAAAUGCAAUGUGUAAAAUCGUCAGCUCAGCUUACUUCAUUGGCUUCUACAGCAGCGCCUUCUUCAUAACCAUCAUGAGCAUCGACAGGUACUUGGCCAUUGUCCAGUCUGUCUACGCUCUACAGGUUCGAACAACUGCUCAUGGGGUUAUCACCAGCCUGGUCCUUUGGGCAGUUGCCAUUUUAGCAUCAGCACCAGACUUAAUAUUUUUCCAAGAAACAAAUGACAAUAACCAGACUAAGUGCCUACCUCACUAUCCUGAUGGCAGCAAUGGCUGGAGAACUUUCAGUAAUUUUGAAGUCAAUGUCCUGGGGUGGCUGAUCCCUGUCAGUGUCCUCAUUUUCUGCUACCACAGCAUCUUGAAACACCUGCAGAAAUGCCACACUCAGAACAAGUACAGAGCAAUUAAACUGGUUUUUAUUGUUGUCAUCGUGUUCAUCCUCUUCUGGACCCCCAUCAACAUUGUGCUUUUCCUGGACUCUCUGAAGAACAUGUACCUCAUCAAUGACUGUCUGACAAGCCAAAGACUAGACCUAGCCAUGGAGCUUGCUGAGGCACUCUCCUUUGUCCACUGCUGCCUCAACCCAGUCAUCUAUGCCUUCGUGAGUGAGAAGUUCAAGAAGCAUCUCCAUGAAGCUUUCAGAAAACAUGCUCAUUUUCUGUUGUUCUGCAAAGACUACAGUGGGCGCAGCCUGGACAAGCACUCCUCUCUGCAUGCAGCAUCCUCACAGUCAUCUUCUCUUGGUGCUGUCUUAUAG